AUGAAAAAUACCAAAACAAGAGAAGAGAUCUUGGCUGAUUUCGAAAAUGAUCUAAUCAGAUUCGAAGCCAUGCAAAUCCAAAUCGAAGGCCAUGACGAGCCGUUGGUUUUUUCAAGAGAUAUGUUUCCCAUGCCCAAUAGACUCCAUUUCAUAGUACCGGAGUAUUCGGUCUACCAUUUGUCGAUAAGAUACUCGGUUAAAACGAGACCCUUGAGGAAUUUGAGCUAUCACCAAACGGUCAAGAAAUCGGGGAUAAUUGUCGAUUCUCGCGACUUGCCCAUGAUCCAAGAAGCAAUGCACGGACAAGUUUUUGAACAUACAUUUAUCGCGGGCGGUGUGCCUGGGGGUGCCUUCUUGAGAACCGAGUACCCUGCGAAAUCUACAAUCAGAGAAAACGGAGUCAAGAUCUGGAGCUAUAAGUGGACAUUGGAGAUUUCAAAGAAGGCAACCAAGCCCACCAUCGGUGGAUUCGAUUGA